GCAUUGUUCUCGAAACAGAGGCUGGUCGAGGCUUGUUCAACUGCUAUACAGUUAAAACCUGUAUGCAAACCAAGCCAUAUUUUAAGAUAUAGGCCUACUACCAUUGAUGGAAACUGCCCUAACCGGUUUUGGUUGUUCGAUUUUGUGCAGAUGUUGAAAACCUACUUAUUAUGACCACCAGAGGGCAGUGGAAGCACGUAAUAUGUUCAACGGUGGCUUUUGUGUUGGUAACGACUGGAUUGUAGCCAGCUAAAACACCAAAACAAGAUACAUCUACCCCGACCCAAAUGGAAAAAUCUGAUACUGGUUUAACUUUAGCGACCUUAGUUAUAUUACCUGAAUUCUUGGUACAUUUUAAGACUAUCCCAAUCGCAGACAUAUUUGGAUUUCGCUGAAUCGGUGUAAUUCAGAGGGACGAUGCCUGGUUUUUGCUUCUGAGUGACAAUUGCGCAUCUGGAUGUGGUCAAGCUAGCUACUGCUAGCUGGAGCAGUAGCUAUCCUCUGCUAGCCCCUUCGUAGACUGCACAGAUUCACAGUCGAACCAGUGUUUAUGGACCAGUGGUUGCUACAUUAUAUAGCACUGAUUAACUGCCAUGCUAGCCAUCUAGUUUUAGAUGUGUCUGAAAAUGUAACUAAAUGAAAAUCGGACCAACGAGAGGGGAAUUGGUGGUGGUAAGGAUGGCCCCUGUCCUCCCGGUCUCCCUGGUUCUGGUGAUUUUAAUUUUGACACAGGCCCCAGGAUGUUGGGCGGGAGACUGUAAGGGCCACAGGCAGGUCCUCAGGGGACCCCCAGGAUAUGUCACUGAUGGUCCAGGGAACUACUCUGUCAAUGGGAACUGUGAAUGGCUCAUCAAAGCUCCCAGCAACAAUCAUCGGAUUGUUUUGAACUUCACCUUCAUGGAUACAGAGUGCACCUACGACUAUCUGUUUGUGUACGACGGGGAUUCCUACCAGAGUCCCCUCCUGGCUAGUCUGAGUGGAAACACUCUCCCACAACCGAUGGAGGCCAAGUCUGGCAAGAUGUUGCUCCACCUCUUCAGUGAUGCCAACUACAACCUCCUGGGUUUCAACGCCUCCUACACCUUUUCCUUGUGCCCCGGGGCCUGCGGGGGCCGUGGCCACUGCGACUUGGCCACAUCCCAGUGCCAGUGCCAGCUAGGCUGGGGGGGCGCAGACUGCACCACCCCUCUGUGUUCCCAGGCUUGCUCUGCACACGGCGAAUGUGACCUGAACAAGGAGAGCUGUUUGUGUAGUUCGGGCUUCGUUGGUCGGAACUGCCAGCUGGGUCUCCGUGAUGAAAACGAGGCAGGCCAGUGGUGGAGGGUGACAGAGGGGAGCCCCAACAUGCUCCCCAGGACAGGCUCAGCCGGGGUCUACCUCUCUCCCACCAGGGCCUUGUACCUGUUUGGAGGCUUUGACCUAAACAGAGCCCUCGGGGACCUGGUUAAAUACAACUUCUCCUCCAACAAGUGGGACAACAGGACCUAUGGCCACUGCCCAACAGCUCGUCAUUCCCACACCGCCGUGGAAUGGAAGGGAAACAUGGUCAUCUUUGGUGGAGACUUGGCCAAUGGCUCUCUGGCUAGUGAUGUCUGGUGGUACCGCCCGGUGCAGGAUGAUUGGCAGCAGCUUGGCUUAUCCCAUUCCCUGGGAGCUCCGAAACUGGCCAAUCAUGCAGCCGCUGUGGUGGAUCAUUACGUUUAUGUUUUCGGAGGUCGUACGGAGGAGGACAUGUUCUCUUCCACGCUGUACCGGUUCGACCUACAGGGCUCUGGGCUCUGGGAGACGGUCCAGGCCACUGGAGGGAAGCCUCCCGCCACAGCCGGCCACUCCAUGGUUUUCCACAGCCCCUCCAGAACCCUGCUAGUCUACGGGGGCCAUCGGCCUACCACCGCAAGGUUCAGUGUCCGGGUUAACAACACGGACGCGUUCCAUGUAGACCGACGCUUCUGGACGGCCUUCCGCUCUCGCUUCCCCGCCACGGGGCCCAGGGAGAGGGCCUUCCACUCGGCCACCGUCAUCGGAAACUACAUGGUGGUGUACGGCGGGAACGUCCACAUCCACUACCAGGAGGAGAAGUGCUACGACGAGGAGCUGUUCUUCUACCACCUGGGCUGUCACCAGUGGGUCUCCGCCGGGGAGGGACUGUCACUGCGGGGAGGGGAGUCAGUGAGGGGCCGGUACUCUCAUGUUGCCACCGUGAUGGAGGGCAGGGUGCUGCUGGUCGCCGGGGGUUACAGCGGGGUGGCCCGCGGGGACCUGGUGGCCUACAAGGUUCCGCUGUUUGUCAGCAGUGACUUCGGAGACCGGGAUGCAGUUUGUGAGGAAGCACCGGAUGAGAGCAUGUGUCUGAAGAACCCAGAGUGCAGCUGGUGUGAAGGCCGCUGUCGAGAAUACCAGCCCCUUAAUCCGUGCGGCAGCACAGGGUGCCUGGGCCUGGCCCGCUUCCUGUCGGACUGCCAGUCCUGCCUGGUGUUCAGCGGCACGUCGGCCUCACUGGCCCGCGCCCCGGGAGACUUCGGCUGGUGUGUGCAGAACGAGUCCUGCCUCACCGUCUCAGAGCGCAGUGCUUGCCGCGUAGACCAGAUCUCGGGGCCGUACGGCUGGUGGGGGGAGCGUACCCGCUUCCUCACCGCCCUCAACUCCUGUCGCACGGACAACGACGUCCCGGGACUGCACCUGCUCACCUUCCAGCACCCCCGCAACGACUCCCAGCCGGACAAGGUGUCCAUCCUCCGCAGCACCACCAUCAGUCUCAGUCCCACCACAGAGAUGGACGUGGCCCUGCAGUUCCGGGGCUUCAUCCACCCGCUGUGGGGGGCGCCGCCGCCGGCCCACCCGCCCACCGACACCGUCUCCAUGUGGGCUCGCAUUCAGAGGCUCCACUUUGAGGCCCGCAUGGCGCCGGGGCCCACCUCCAGCCAGCUGGAGGUGGUGGGGCGCUGGGCCGCCCAGCAGGAGAAGGAGCUGAAGCUGCUGGGGCGUCCCGACGGGGGCCGUCUCUUCCCCAACCUGACCCGGGGGAACCACUACCUGGUCCAGGCCGAGGGCUACCUCAACAACUCUGGCUCCGGGCAGACCAGCGAGAUGGCACUGAUCUGGAACCGGACCGGUCUGCCCGGCGGGAGUGAGAUCUCCUUCCUGUUCCUGGAGCCCUACCGCUCGGGCUCCUGCUGGGCCUACACGUCCUGCCUGGCCUGCCUGUCGGACCAGUCCUGUGGCUGGUGCCCCUCCCUGGCCCGCUGCCUGCUGCGCUCCGGCCCCCAGCCCUGCCUGGAGGAGCAGGGGGGGGGGGAGCGCCACCUGCUGCUGGCCCCCCAGCACUGCACCCUGUGUGAGGAGUACCGGGACUGCUCUGCCUGCACUCAGGACCCCUACUGUGAGUGGCAGAUCAACUCCAACAAGAAGGGGGACUACCAGUGCAGUCGGAGGGGCAGGUUGGAUGGAUCCAUUCGUGACCCAAUGGUGUGUCCUAAAGUCUGUAACCAGAGAAGGUCGUGUGCCGAGUGUCUGUCUAACUCCAGCCAGUGUGCGUGGUGUGAGUCAGCCCAGGCCUGCUUCUACUUUGCUGCUUACCUCACCAAGUACCCCUACGGAGAGUGCAGGCACUGGUAUGACAGCGUGCACUCGGUGCCCCAGUGUAAGCAGUGUGCGUCCAUGAGCACCUGCACCGACUGCCUGCGCACAUUCCAGUGUGGCUGGUGUGGAGACCACAACAACCCCACCAUCGGAAAGUGUCUGAGAGGGGACUGGGCCGGCAUCGACGACUCCUCUGCCUACAACUGCAGCACAGCAGUGGCCGAAGCACGCGCUGCAAACCCCGAGCCCCAGACCUCGGCCCCGCCGCGGCCCAUGGAGAUGGAGAUGGAGCUGGAGCACCUGGGCGGGGAGGACCAGGAGGACGGCGUGUGGUCCUACCCCACCUGCCCCGACGUGGAGGAGUGCCGCCUGGGCCUCCACAACUGCCACGCCUUCGCCACCUGCGUCAACACGCCCACGGCCUACGAGUGCCACUGCGAGCGCGGCUACACGGGCGACGGCACCAUGCACUGCAACCAGACCUGCUACAACGAGUGCCGCGAGGGCCGGUGCAGCGGCAGCCCGCGCUUCGAGUGCGAGUGUUCGCUGGGCUGGACGUCGGACCCCGCCACGCUCGUGCUGAGCGGCGUGGAAUGCGACGUGGACUGCGGCUGCAACUUCCACUCCACCUGCAUCACGGCCCCCGGGAUCUGUGACCAGUGCCAGGACUGGACCACGGGCCCCCACUGCGAGCACUGCCGUCCGGGCAGUUUCAGCUUGGCCCUGGCUGGCAGCGGCGGCUGCGUUCCCUGCCAGUGUAACGGCCAUGGGGACCUGCUGCAGGGCUUCUGUCACAACCAGACGGGCCAGUGCUACUGCACACACAACACCCAGGGAGCGCACUGCGAGACCUGCCUGCCCGGUUACUAUGGAGACCCCAGUAACAACGGGACGUGCUACCGCCAGUGCCAGGGCCGCUCUGUGCUGCUCUCCUCCUCCUCCUCCCCGCUGCCCCUGUCCUCCUCCCUGGGCUGGCGGGGGGAGGCCGGGGGGGGGGGAGGCCUCUCCCACUGCCUGUGGGUCCUGUCGACGACGGAGAACCUGGCGCCCUGCACUGCGGGCCAGUUCUGCCCCCCCGUGGCCCUCACGCUGCACCCUGACUCCCACACCCAGUGCGCCAGUUCCUAUGUCUACGUGUUUGACGGCCUUCCUCGUUUCCUGGGCAAUGGCGUCGUUCAUCCUGACAGCAACCUAAUCGGAGCGUUUUGCGGCACCACAAGGACUCAGCCCGUCACCGUGGAGGCCACCUCGGGCAUCAUCUCGGUCUACUUUGAGACCAACGUGUCGGACGCCACGCCCCAGGGCUUCAACGCCUCCUUCUGGGUGCGCCGCUGCCCACGGGGCUCAGAGAGGGGCAUGGAGGACGGGGCCCCCGUGUGCCAGGCCAGGGCCCAGUGCCAAGGAGGCCUGUGCCAGUGUCCCCAGGGCUACGGGGGAGCCCUCUGCGACCGGCCCCUGUGCCCUCAAGACUGCAGGGAGACGGAGGGAAGAGGGUCUUGUAACCUACCUUCAGGGGUGUGUGUGUGCUCAGAGAACUGGGCGGGGUCAGACUGCUCGGAGCCCCUGGACCCCAGCAGCCUGGUGUGGGAGACCCUCCUGGACACGCAGCUCAAAGCGAACCAGGCUCACAGGUUCCUCCACAGAAUGGGCCACUCUCUUGUUUCUGGGCCCCUGGGAAACCUUUGGAUGUACGGGGGCCUCUCGCUCUCAGAGGGGAUUCUGGGAAAUGUGUACAGAUAUGCUGUGUCGGAGCAGAAGUGGACCCAGAUGUUGACGAGCUCUCUUGACGGCGGCUCCCUCCCCGUCCCCCGCUACCAGCACGCCGCCGCCCUGCUGACCAACAUGGACCCUCACUCUGGCGGCCAGGGCUCCAGCCACAACGUCAUGUUGGUCGUGGGCGGGGUGACCCAGAAGGGCGUCGCCAUGGAUACCUGGAGUCUCAACCUCAGUAGUUUGGUCUGGAGAGAGUACAAGAGCUCGAUACUGCCCCAGGUGGCGGGACACACCCUGACGGUGCGGCGGGAAGCCACGGUGCUCCUGAUCGGAGGCUACUCUCCAGAGAACGGGUUCAACCACCAGCUGCUGGAGUUCGGUGUGCAGUCUGGGAACUGGACCGUCACGCCACACAUCGGCACGCCCCCUACAGGUCUUUACGGCCACUCGGCGGUCUACCACGAGCAGACGGACGCCGUGUAUGUGUUUGGAGGAUACCGCUUUCACGUGGAGACGGUGGAGCCCUCGGGGGAGCUGUACAGCCUGUACUACCCCAACCUCACCUGGUCGCUGCUGGUCCCCUCCCAGGGCAACAAGCCUCAGUUCCGCUUCUUCCACGCCGCGGCGCUCAUCAAGGACACCAUGGUGAUAGUGGGCGGGAGGAGCGCGGAGGAGGACUACAGUAACACGGUGUCUCUCUACCAGAUCAACUGCAACACCUGGAUCAAUGCAGUCCCCAGCGUGGGCGAGCCGGUCAACCAGUCGGUGUCUCUGGCCAUGACCGGCCUGGGCGGACGGCUGUUCCUGUCGGGGGGCUUCAACGGGGUGACGCUGGGACGCCUCCUGACCCUGACGGUGCCCGCCGACCCCUGCAGCCUCCUGUCCACGCCAGAGGCCUGCAACGUCACCACGGGCAGCUGCGUGUGGUGCAGCGGCGCGUGCACCUCCUCCGACGCUGCCGAGAGGAUGGGGUGCUCCUCCAGCCUGGCCCCCUGCUCCCCCAGCCCCAAGCAGCCUGACCAGUGUCGCAGGCUGAAGACCUGCAGCGAGUGUCUCGCCAGACACCCCAGGGCCUUCUCUAGCCCCACGCAGCCGGCCUUGCAGUGCAAGUGGUGCACCAACUGUCCAGAGGGCGCCUGCAUCAGCAGCUCCGUGAGCUGCACGUCGGAGCACGACUGUCGAAUCAACCAGAGGGAGAUCUUCCUCUCCAGCAACUGCACCGAGACCAGCUGCGAGGCGUCCGACUGUCCCAAGUGCACCGCCUCGGGGAAGUGCAUGUGGACCCGCCAGUUCAAACGCACAGGCGAGACCCGUCGCAUCCUCAGCGUCAACCCCACCUACGACUGGACGUGCUUCAGCUACGCCCUGCUCAACGUCUCCCCCAUGCAGGUGGAGUCGUCCCCCCCGCUGCCCUGCCCCUCGCCCUGCCACAGCCUCCACAGCUGCAGCCUGUGCCUGGGCUCGCGGGGCUCCGACGGGGGCUGGCAGCACUGCGUGUGGAGCAUGGCUCUGGAGCAGUGCAUGAGUCCGUCCUUCGUGCCGCUGCGCUGCGAGGCGGGCCAGUGCGGCCGCCUGCUCUCCGGGGGAGACUCCUGCUCCCCCCAGUGCUCCCAGAUCACCCAGUGCUCCCGGUGCAUCGCCAGGCCCCAGUGCGGCUGGUGCGCUGCCCGCGGGGGCAACGGAGCCGGCCGCUGCCAGCAGGGAGGCCUGGAUGGCGGUGAGACGGUGUGUCCAAUGAGGAACGGCAGCUGGUCCUUCCUCUACUGCCCUGAGGAGGACGAGUGUGCCAACGCCCACCACCACUGCAACGCCACCCAGGACUGCCACGACCUGGCCGAGGGCUUCCACUGCACCUGCAAGCACGGCUACCUCCUCAGCAGUGUGUCCGGGCAGUGCGAGCCGCAGUGCGCGCAGGGCUGUCUGAACGGGACGUGUGUGUCUCCGGGGGUGUGCCAGUGUCACUUUGGCUUUGUGGGGCAGAACUGCUCGUCCCAGUGCAGCUGCAACAAGCACAGCAACUGCGCCGGCGUGAGCAGGCGCGACGAAUGUCUGGAGUGCCACAACAACACCAUCGGCAAGCACUGUGAGAAGUGCAAGCCUCUGUUCGUGGGCUCGGCCAAGGGCGGCGGGGCGUGCCGGCCGUGCCGGGAGUUCUGUCGGGGGAACAGCGCCCUGUGUCUGUCCCGCGACGAGCACAAGAAGGCCCUGGACAACGGUAACGCCUUCCCCCUGGACUCCGUCAGCAUCCAGACCUGGGUGACGGAGGGCCCCAGCGAGGAGAGCGCCGUGUGCGUGAGCUGCCGGAACAACAGCGUGGGGGACAAGUGCGAGAGCUGCCUCAGCGGCUUCUUCCUGCUGCAGGGGAAGUGUGAGAAGUGCCAGUGUAACGGCCACGCAGACACCUGCAUCGAGCACGACGGCACGGGCUGCCCCUGCCAGAACAACACGGAGACGGUGCAGUGUCCCAGCACCUCGUCCAGCGACCGCAAGGACUGCUACAGACAGCAGUGCGCCAAGUGCAAGGACUCGUUCAACGGCACGCCGGUGAACGGGCGGCAGUGCUACCGGCAGUUCAACGUGGACAGCGAGUGCUGCUUCGACCCCACCUCGCAGACCAACUGCUUCCACGACCCGUCCAUCCGCAACCUGCCGCGCGGCCGCACCGUCUUCUUCAGCGCCCAGCCCAAGUUCACCAACGUGGACAUCCGCGUCACCAUCGACGUCACCUUCGGCGAGGUGGAGGUGUACGUGUCCAACUCCCACGACACCUUCACCGUGGACGUCAACCGCCUCACGGGCGUGCACGCCAUCCGCAUCGAGGACGACGUGCCCGCGCCGCGCGCCGGGCCAGCGGCGGCGGCGGCGGCGGCCGGCGAGAAGGAGACACCGCCGUCCCCCAUGAAGGUGUUCGCCAACGCCUCGUCUGGCCCGCCGCCGGGGGGCCCGGCGCCGUCCAGCAACGCGCUGCAGCAGCAGCAGCAGCAGCAGCAGCAGCAGCAGCAGCAGCAGGCCAAGCCCCCCGCUGGGCCGGAGAGGGAGGUGCGGGAGGAGCGGGCGGAGGGGCUCAUCUCCUACAUCACGGUGUGGAAGCCCCAGACGGUGCUGGUGGUGCGCGGCGUGCGGGACCGCGUGGUCAUCACCUUCCCCCACGAGGUGCACUCGCUCAAGUCCAGCCGCUUCUACAUCGCGCUGCGCGGCGUGGGCACGGAGCAGCGGCAGGGCGAGUCCCAGGGCCUGCUGUUCCUGCGGCAGGACCAGGCACACAUCGACCUCUUCGUCUUCUUCUCCGUCUUCUUCUCCUGCUUCUUCCUCUUCCUGUCGGUGUGCGUGCUGCUCUGGAAGGUCAAGCAGUUCCUGGACUUCCGGCGGGAGCAGCAGCGCCACAUCCAGGAGAUGACCAAGAUGGCGUCGCGGCCCUUCGCCAAGCUCACGGUGUACCUGGAGCCCGAGGAGCCGCAGCUCAUCUACCUGCCGUCGGUGGGCGGGGGCGGCGGGGGCAGCACCGUGUCCCUGGCCCACGCCCGCAGCGGCAAACUGGGCGCGGUGGUGGUGAGCCAGCGCGGCCGGCCCGGCGCCGUCUCCUACAAGCACGAGGCGGGCUCGGGGCCCACGGCGCACCACCACCACCACCACCACCACCACCACCUCAACCUGGGCAGCGGGGGGAACGGCGGGCAGCACCUGCCCCUGCACUACCUCAACACCCACCACUACACCGGCACGGCCACCACCGGCGGCGCCCCCGGCACCCACCACCACCACCACCACCCGUCCACGCACAGCGGCUACCAGCACUUCUGCCGCUCGGACCCCUUCCUCUCCCAGCUCAUGGGCUUCUCCUACUCGUCCUUCAAGGUGGGGCCCAUCACCCUGGAGCCCACGGACGACGGCAUGGCCGGGGUGGCCACCGUCCUCAUCCAGCUGCCCGGGGGCAUCCUGGCGCCCAACCGCGCCUGCCUGGGCUCUGCGCUGGUCACCCUGCGGCAGAACCUGCAGGAGUACUGCGGCCACGGCAACGCCGGGACACACCCGGGGGGAGGGGGCGGGCGCAAGGGGCUGCUGGGGCACCAGCACCUCACCACUAUGGCCAUGUAGAGGGGCUGGGGAGCGGACCGCCUCGCCACGAUGUAAAGGACAUGGAGGGACUGGUGAGUGGACCGGCCUCACCACUAUGGCCCUGUUGAGGGACUGGUGAACGGAAGCACUAAAUGGUUGUGUAGAAAGCAUAAUUACUACUCAACAGAUGGAUUGAGAUCAUUUCUCGACGCUAACGUUGGUCGUGUCCAUGGUAACACGAUGUAGCAUGUUUGGACGACAUCCCCUGAGGUGAAAAAUGGCAAAGCGUUUCAUAGUGUUUCGGUUAAGAGGCACCGCAAGGAAACGACAAAAUAUUAAAAAGCUGCAAGUCAAAGAAAACACGGCCAAAAUAACGAGGUAUUUAAUGUCAGUAGAGGUCAGCAUUAUGAACUUAUUUGUACAUACACUGUGUUAUUAUGAACUGAUUGUCCUUUAUUGCGUUAUGAGUCGCUAUGUUUCAAUGCUACACAUGACCAAGCCUGCUGUCUGCAGAAUGCACCGCGCCUGCUCACCCCCUGCUCAGCUACCGUUGCGUUCUGUGUUUGUGAGGUGUGAGUGCGCUUAGCAGCCGGCCUUGUACGGUCCACGGACAGGACUGCAGCGGGACAGCCUCCUCUUCUCCGUCACAUUGGCCCAUGCAGGGUCGAGAUGUUUUGGAACCAAUACGUGCUUUAAACCUGUAAGAGUGACAAUCAUCAGUUGCAAUGGCGAAAAACUGAACGUAAGAUCACUGCAACCUGAUGUGCAACACUUGGUUGCAUCAGAUGGGAGGGGGGGAGGAAAAGAGAAUGAUUGGUCCUACCCAAUGGAUUUAUGUCCUGUGUGAAUGCAAUUAUUUAAUAUAUAGCAGGCUACUUCAUCUUGUAAAACUGACUGUAAACGUUAGAGUAGUUUUGCAUAUUCAUUCAUGUGAGCUGUUACUCUUCAACCACGUGAGCAUGGUUGAUGUUCUUGGAUUUGUGUUUUUUGUUUGUCUUUUGGUUCAUUUACUCAAUUUGCUCAUUUGCCUUCACGUCCGCUUGCCUUGUGCCUCUGUGGUCAAUAGGUGCACUCUUAACUAUGUUAGUUCAACAACGUGUCAUUCCUUUAUAGCACGCCAAGGUUCGGGAGGUUCGGAUUGGAAAAUAAAAGUCCUGCCCACUGCUUAGAGUCACAGACUUUACUGUCUGAUUCUGAUCAUCCACCUCUGGGCUCACUUUAUCAAGCAUAACAUUAAAAGUGGUUUUGUUUUUGUUUCAGAGCAGUUUAAGGAUUGCUUCUUUAUUUUUAUCAAGCUAAACAAAUGAAGGAAUGAAUAUUAUUUUCUUGAUUUUAAAUGUCAAAGAAUGUUUGGCUUUUGCUGUAAUAGUUUGGAGGCCAAAUCCCUUCCAUUGUGAUGACUCAAUAGGUCAAUUCAAAUAUGGUUUGUUAAUUUAAACAAGUGAGAUGCAUAUACAGCAUGGGAAUUGUUCUUCAUAUAUUGUAAUGUUGUGGGAAAAGUACAGUGAAUGAAGUGGGAAGUGGCCUUCUCCUGGUGAGAAAUGUGAAGAAAAAAUACAUGCUUACUUCUGAACUUCUGACCCCCCUGCAUAUCAAGGAGUGUGUGGCGCUUCUUGUUACAUUGUACCGAUAGUAAGAGUUGGUCUUAAUUUAAUUGUUUAUGCACUCGAUGGAGGCAUCGUGUUACUUUAUUUAUGUGAAAGCGAAAGGGUGAGGUUCCUCCUCAUCGAUAUUCGUACACCUACACGAUAAAAUGCUGUUUAUAGAGGCUGAAUGCAGUUGUGGUUGAUCGUGUGUGAAUGGUGCUAUUGUAUCUUAUAAAAGCAAAUACAUUGUAUCAAACUAAAAUCUCACUAAAACGAAUUUCGUUUGAAUGAUAAUAUGUAUUACAACCCUCAUUAACAAGAUUAAGCAUCACAACUUUUUUACCAGUUUAUUUUUUUUCCUACUUUUGUUCACAUGCUGUCUUAUCUUUGUAUAGGAUUAUUUUCAGUGUUGUAUUUUCAAAGAAGGGAACCGUGUUGUACAGAAGACUGUAAAGACUGCAGAUUAUGUCCAGGCGAUGAGUUGGCGGCAAUAAAGUCAAAGUGGAAGAAAA